AUGGGUCUACGGGCAGGCCACUUUAACGACCGGUGCUUGAAGGAACAGCCAGGUACCGGGGAGGCUACGAGUACGCUGGAGCCGACAAACCACGCCAACCUUGGCGCCUGGGGCUGCUUUGAGGAGCAGAAGCGGCACUGGUGGGCGAACGAAAGUCCCUGCUUCGUGGCCGAGCGCUGGUGCACCUCCACUCCGGUUCAGAAGCAAGGCAAACUGUUUGACGGCACGAUGCGGGUCGGCUUCGCCAUACUGUACAAGCGAGAUCUGCGUAGCUCUCGGGAGCCAAAGACGCAAACCGGGGGAGAUGCAGGUCCGGUGGAUGUCCCGCAGCCAGAAGAACUGGCAGUGCAUUGGCUGGGUGGCUACUGGAAGCUCCCGAAGAGGGACAUGUGCUCUGCUGACUUGCGCGAACGCGUGGUGAGUGCUGCGAGAACCUCUGGCACUGCGCCGGUUCGGUCAUCGGUGCUGGCGGAAGUUUACUCCUCCCUUGGCGAAUCCGUCCAGCAACUUUUCGGCGGCGUCGAACCGACGUCGAAGAUGCUGGCAGAUCAGUACGAUGGAAAUUCGGAGCUCGCCGCCUACUUGACCGCACGCUUGGCGAUAAGCAACCGUGACCAUGCUCGCAUGAAGAAGAUGCUCUACGAUGCCCAAGUCCUUGUCAGCAAGGCGUCGGAAGAGCGUGGGAAGCAGUUCGUCGAGUCAUUCCUCUGCCGAUGCCAUGGUGUCAUCGAGGCGCGAAGUGCCAACAAGGACCGAUGGGAAGGAGCCAAGCGGCACUUCACGAAGUCCCUGAAGUAUUCCCCCUCCAACGCCAAUGCCCUGUAUCUUCUGGGCAUGUGCGCGCUGGAGCUGGGUAAGCCGCAAGACGCGGUGAACCUCAUGAACAAGAGCCUGCUCCUGGAUCCCGACUUCCGGGCCCCCUACGUCUGCAUGGGCGUCGCGUUCCUGCGCCUCAAGCACUUCGAGGAGGCCAUCUCCAUCUCGGAGGCGUGUUUGGAGAGACAUCCUUCUUCCCCGCAGUGCGUGUACCACAUCGGCGUAGCCUGCUGCCAACUGUCCCUCCUCCUCACCGCCAAGGAAUCCGGCGGCAUUCCCUUGGCCUACGAGGAACUUCAACUCCUGGAUGAGCUGCGGAAGCGGGCCCUGACCUGCCUGAACCAGGCGCGAGAGAGCGAGGAGGGGCUCAAGCGGAAGCCCAACCCUGGAUCGGGCCGGGUGCCCGAAGCGCCGUGGCUGGAGAGCGAUUCUGCCAUGAUAGAGAUGCUGGCAGCGGCUCGCGGUGUGCGAAAUGGGCUCAAUGGCGGCUACGGUCAGGACACCAACCAAGCUCGGGAGGUGCGCUUGCCGCCCACCGUUGGGCCUCCCGGUGUCCCUGGUGACUUCUAUCCCCCCCUGGAGAAGAGGGAGGCCCUUCGUGCGGCCGUGCUUCUGGUUCUGCUUCCAGGCUCACUCGGAGCAACACUUGCAGCCUGUCUUCGAUUUCGCUUUGCCGGGCAAGACGAGUCCAACGUCAAAGACUUCAAGAGGCUGCUCUGGGCCUUUGGUGGAGUGCUGGCAGGGACCAUCCUGCAACCGGUGCUGUGGGCCGGGGCCCUUUGCCUGCCCACCGCCUGGACAAACGCCCUGGCUGUGGGCCUGCAGGCUGCCAACGUUACCUUUAUCGCCCCUUGGCAGUGGUUACAGGUCCUCAUACCCCCCUACUUCUUCUACGUCUUUCUCCAGGUCUGCCUCAUCCGCCGCGCCCAGCCGGCCUCUGCGCGGCUCCCGCAGGCGCUGUGCACCCUGGGCGCCGCCCUCCUGCUGCUCUUCGUGACGAUGUCGGCGCUGGCCGGGGCAGCUCCGGGCCUGGCUUGGUCCCUUGUGUGCUCCGGGGAUCUCCCGCUGCUCGCAAGACAGCUGCAGCUACACACCGGAGCGACGGGGCCGGAGCUCUGCACUCAGCACUUCGCCAACAGGACCAUUGAGGAGUGCGAGAACAUCUCCAGAAGCGACGUCGUCACUGCCGAGACGGGGCCCGCGUGCUUUGCCUGGUGCCGUACGGCUGACUGCUUCCUCCCGAUGUUCCCGUUUCUGCCUGGCUACUGCCUCAAGGCUGAGACUUGGCAAGUCGUCCAGGUCGGUGGGCCUGCCUGGCUCCUCCCGUCUUUGGCUGCCUUGGCCUACGGCUGCAUCGGCUGGUAUCGGCUCUUUACCGCUUGGCGGGGCCCAGGAGGCAAGAAGGGCUACGCGGCGACCAAAUCCACAUGUGAGGCCAAGACCCUGAAGACCCUUGAGCUGGAUGAGGUGUGGGAUGAGACAGCCGGGCCGGCCGCAGCGUACUUCAGCCCAGACGGACCCUACCACGCUCCCGACUUCCCCGACGUCCUGGAGAUGCUGUGCAGGCGGCUCAGCGACAGCGACCUGCAAGCGGAGCGCUGGAGCAUGAAGCUGGCGCUUGGUUUGGCCAGCCUGGACCCGGCCAUGGACGUCUACUCGGCGCUGAGCCUCUACGCCAAGGGCCAGCCCUACUACGGCUCCGCGCUGCUCCUCGCCGCCCUGCUGCCAAACCUCAGCGACAUCUUCCAGACCCAGUACGGGCAGGAGAUGAUCGUUUCCCUUCAACGCGGCUUCGCGACGGUGGAGCUCUUGAAGCACCAGGCCCGGGAAGGCUAUUGGGAGGGCACGGCCUCUGCUGUAGUGGCCAUCUGUGCCUUGAUGUAUACGCCCACACUGACGGUUCUGGACCUCUUCUCCCUGAGCUUCAACGUCAUGAGCUCCGUGGCCCUCAGCAUUCCCAAUGGCCUCAAGGCCGAAGCUUUGCUGGAGCUGGGAGAGGCCGGCUACUACGAGAGGGUGCGACGGAAGCGCUCCAUGGACGCCUACGAGAAGUGGGGUCGGAGCCUUCAGGUUCUGAUCUUCGGGCCCCUGGUGGCCGUCUGUGUGGCCUUUCGUGGGCAGCUCUUCCCACCGACCGAUGAGGUCGAACAUGAGCUUUGCUUGCUGGGCGGCUGCGCGCUCCUCUUCUGCUUGAAUGCCGAAGGAGGUGGGCACCGCGUGGAGGGCCUCAAGCUCGUGAGCUGCCUUUGUGCCCUGGGCUUCUGGGCCCUCUUCUGGCCGGAGUUCGGAGGCGAGGCAGCAAAUCGACUGCGGCUUCUCCUGGGCUGCAUCCUGGGGAGCACUGCUUCCCUGGCCUUCGGAGGGCUUUGUAUCAGGCACCGCUGCAGUGGAGGGAAGGACGGCAGCGAGGCUUCUGAGUUCAGUCGGUCAGAGACAUCUGACAGCGGCAGCGGUACGGAGUGA